AUGACACCAAUAUAUCAAAUCAUGAUCCUCGAAGCCCAAAACUCACACACUCUCAGCAGCUAAGUCGAAAAGAAGAACAACAACUAACUAAGGCCCCACAAGACAGCUCCGAAAGCCAAUCCCCUCAUUAUUCCAUUUUGUCGAUAUGAAAAUUGAUGGCACUGUCACUGGGACACACCAAAACGCUUAAAAAACUGUUUCCUCCCGCGAAAAAGUACUUCCCGUGAAAUACAAUAUUGCCCAUCAGAACUGUAAAGCCUCCACUUCCUCGUGACCCCUUCCCUUCCCAUUCCUCUCUUUCUUUCUUUCUUCUUCUUUCUCCUCUUCGAUUCCAUUGUUCUCACCUUUGGGAAUUUUCGCACACACACAACAAUGGUGAAGGAAACAGAGUACUACGAUAUCCUCGGAGUCUCUCCCUCUGCCUCCGAUGACCAAAUUCGCAAGGCCUAUUACCACAAGGCAAUGCAAGUUCAUCCCGAUAAAAACCCGAACGAUCCUCACGCUGCCGAAAAGUUUCAGAUUUUGGGUGAAGCGUACCAAAUUUUGAGUGUUCCGGUGCAGAGGAAUGCGUAUAAUCAAAAUGGGAAGCAUUCUGUAUCUAGGGAAACUAUGCUUGACCCCAUGGCUGUCUUCGCCCUGCUCUUUGGGAGUGAAUUGUUUGAGGACUACAUAGGGCAUCUAGCUGUGGCAUCAAUGGCUUCCUCUGAGCUAGCUGAUGAAACUGAGGAUCCUGAUAAACUCAAUGAGAAGCUAAAGGCUGUCCAAAAAGAAAGAGAAGAAAAGCUAGCAAGAAUUUUGAGGGAUUAUCUUGGCCAAUAUGUCCGGGGUAACAAAAAAGGAUUCUUCCAACGCGCAGAAUCUGAAACAAGGCGGCUUUCUCGUGCUGCAUUUGGAGUUGAUAUGUUACAUACCAUCGGCUACAUAUAUUCAAGACAGGCAGCACAAGAACUAGGUAAAAAAGCCAUUUAUCUUGGAGUGCCAUUUCUGGCUGAAUGGGUACGAAACAAAGGGCAUUUCUGGAAAUCACAAUUCACAGCUGCUAAAGGUGCUUAUCAGUUACUUCAGCUCCAAGACGACAUGCGCAAGCAAUUUAAAAUGGAUGGUAGUAGUGUGCCUGAAAAUGAUGUUGACUCUCACAUUCGCCUUAACAAGGAUACAUUGAUGAAUUCCUUGUGGAAGUUAAAUGUAGUGGACAUAGAAGUAACCCUCGUACACGUGUGUCAAAUGGUGCUAAGGGAAAAUAACGUUAAGAAGGAGGAACUUAGACUUCGGGCUACUGCUCUUAAAAUUCUUGGGAAGAUAUUUCAGGACAAGUAUCCAAAAGGAGAAACAUUGAAGAAGAAGAUUGCUGCUGAUUCUGAUGAUGAAGAAAGCAGUUCUGAAUCUUCAGAUGAUGAAUCCUCUAGAGCAAUUUCCUACCGAACUCCCUUUUUUACGCAGGGUCUCGGAAGGCUCUUCAAAUGCCUUUGUAGUCCAGCAUUUGAUGUGGAUGAUGAAGAGAUAGUUUACAAAAGCAAAUGAUUCUUAUAUACGUAUGGACUAUGAAAACAAAAAUUUAGCCAUUUCAAUACUUUGUUCGUGAGAUGAUAUGCUAAAAGGAAUUUUUCUGAUACCCUCUGAACGUAGUUUUGGGAAGACAAUGGUGCAAGCCGUGAAUAAUCAUAUUUUGUUGCUUGCUGUCAUUACCACUCUCUUCAAGUUACAUGUGGCAUAACACUUGGUCAAAGAUUAAACAUUUCUGUCAAUUCCACAGCACUUUUUUUUUUC